GGCUGCACGCGCCGCCGCGGCCUGUGGAAGCGCCGCGCUCCGCUCUUGCAGCCCCGCCAUGUACCCGGCCUGGGGCUUGUAUGGGGCGGCGGGGCACUACCCGCCGCCGCCCACCUCCAUCCCGCCCCCGCCGCUGCCUAUCCCUCCCCCCAGCGUGCCGCCUCCCACCGUCCCGCCGAUGCCGCUGCCCAGCUACCCGCCGCCGGGCCCCGCGCCCCCCACCGCCGCCGCUCCGCCGCCGCCGCCCGCCGGUACCUCGGGGUUCUUGAGCCUGCAGGAGCAGCACCUGGCGCAGCUGCAACAACUCCAGCAGAUGCACCAGAAGCAGUUGCAGUCCGUGCUGCUGGGGCCGCCGCCGCCGCCGGGGCCUCCCCCUCCGGGGCUGCCGCCGCCGCCGCUGCCCGGCUCCUUCACCGACUGGCAACAGCCGCCGCCGCCCGUGCCGCCGCCGGUCCGCAGCUACCAGAAGCAGUUCGCCCACCGCGAGCCGCCGCCGCCAACCCGCAAGCCGCCCGCCGCCGCCCGGGAGCGCGACGGCCAGGAGCCGCCGGGUGGGCACGGCGACUGGGGCGAGCCGGUGCCCUCAUCGCCGGUGCCCAUGGACAUGGAGCUGUCCUCGCCGCCGCAGUCCCCGCAGCCCGCCGCCCAGGCCUACCUGCCCCCCGCCCAGGCCUAUCUGCCGCCCCCCCAGACGGAGUCGUACCUGCCGCCCCCGGCCCAGCCGCCCCCGGCCCAGUCCCCGCCGCUUCAGCCCUACCUGCCCCGGGCGCAGGCCUCCCAGCCGCCGCCCUCCUUCUCCGAGCCCCCGCCCUCCUACCUGGAGCCCCCGCCGGCCACCGCCUCCCAGCCCUACCUGCCGCCUCCUGCCCAGGGCUACAUGGCGCACCCCCAGCCCUACCUGCUCUCCUCCCAGGCCUCCCCUUCCCAGCCGGCUCAGCCCAGCCUGGCCCCCUCCAUCCCUCCCCCGGCCAAGCCAUCGCAGGCCCAUUUCCCCCCGCCCCAGCCGUCCCUGCCCCUGCCCGCCGCUGCCCAGCAGGAGGCCGUGCAGGGUACCGCCAAGGAGGCCGGUGGUACGGAGCAGCCGGACCCCUCCACCAUGACUCCCCAGGAACAGCAGCAAUACUGGUACCAGCAGCACCUCCUUAGCCUGCAGCAAAGGGCAAAAGCCCAUGCUCAGGGACAGCAGCAAAUGAAAGGUCCAGUGGUGAAGGAUGCAUCUGAGCAGAGAGCGAAGUCUGAAGAAGGGAAAAUGAGUGCUUCAACUCAGCAGUCUGAACCUCCUCCACUUAAUGAAUCCCUGCCUCCAGCUUCCAAAGAUGACGAGUCUUCUCUUACAUCUACUGAAACUCAGCUCAAUAUUGAACCUCCCGAUGACCCUGAGGAAGAUUUGAGAUUGCAGCAGUUGCAAGCAGCAGCAGCUCAAUGGCAGCAGCAUCCCCAUCACCGGGUUGGAUUUCAAUAUCAGAGAAUAAUGCAGAAGCAUGCCCAGCUGCAGCAGAUAGUACAGCAGUAUCAACAGAUCAUGCAACAGCCUCCACACUUACAGACAAUGUCAGUGGACAUGCAGCUGCGACAUUAUGAGGCACAGCAAAAACAGUUCCAGCAGCUUCAUAAGGAUUGGGAGCGAUCAAUGAACCAACAGUGGCAGCAUCAGCUUCAAACCUACCCUCACAAAGACCAGCUUCAAGAGUAUGAGAAACAGUGGAAAGCAUGGGAUGAACAGAUGAAGGUCACUCAGUCCCAUCUGCAGGAGAAAGUGAGCUCACUCCAAAAUCUGAAGAAUCAGUAUCCUGCAAGUGUUUCGCUGCCACCUCCAUUUGUUCCAUAUUCUCAAACCACUCAAGGUGGCAUUCCUAUUAUGCCUCCAACUUUACCUUCAACUACACCUCCGCUGGUCCCCCCGCCUCUCUCUUCUGUUUCUCAGUUAUCUAAUUCCUCUGUCCCUUCAGGAUCCAGUUCUCAAAGCAGUCAAUCUACUGAGACACCAAGGCCAGCUCUGCUUCCCACCCCUGGUACCUAUGCAUCCAAAAUAGCUAGUUCAACUGUCUAUUCACCUUAUCAUUCUCAAGUAAGUUCAUCCUUUGGCUCUUCAGACCACGGAAAGUCUCAAGUUCAUCUUAGUAAACAAACUGUCUCUAUUUCAUCUGAGCAAGGAUGUGGGGAACUGAAAGCCUCUUCUGCAGCAUCUUCAACACAUGCACCUACCAUGCAGGAUAAACCAGUGAGAUCGGGUGGAUUGCUUCCAGAUCCUCCCAGAUCAGCACGUUUUGAAGGACCCAGAGGCCCUAGAUUUGAUGGACCUCGAGGAAGAGGAUAUGACAAAUUUGAAGGCUCAAGACAGAGAGGGCCUCGUUUUGACUCCCAGCGCUCAGAAGGCUACAGGUCACGUUUUGACCGACAGAAUACAGAUGGACAGUCUUCAAGUAGAUGGGGGACUAUCCCACGAGGACCAGCAGCACAAUUUUAUACUUCGACAAAUACAUCGCAUGGACAUGGUUCCCGACCUAGUGGCCCACGGUGGAGGGGGCCGAGGCCUCAUUUGGGACAGCAGCAGCAGCAGCAGUCACAGACAGACUCACAGUCAGAAAACAAAGAACCUUUUACAGAAGUAGCUGGCAAUCAGCAGACUGUAAGCAGAACACAGUCUAUUCCCGAUGCACAGAGCGCAGGUCCCAUUGAGUCAAAUGAGGACCUGACAAACACUCAACAGGAACCAUCCAAACCUGAAGUCAAAGAAACUAUUUCAGACCCUCCUAAAAAGUGGACAUGGAGUUCACAUGAUCCUAACCAGCAAGCAGAAGAGUCCAAAGCACCUACUCCACCUAUUCAGAACCAGAAAUCAACAUCACUUUCUAGUAGCCCUGUAGCUUUGCAGCCAAGUAUUGCAAGAACAGGCAGUGCGGUAACCCCUGUAACAGGAAAUCAGGAUUUGGAUUCACCAGAUGGCCAGUUGAUUGCUUCAGAUAGCACCCAGGGCUUACCUGGACCAGAAGGCAGAGGGAAAGGGCUGUUUAUGCAUGAAGAUAGAGGCAAGGGACCAGGAAGCAGAGGAAGAGGCCAGGGCAGACUGGAUGAUGGCCGUGGAAGAGGGCAGGGGGAUGGCCGUGGCUGGGGAAUGGGCCGUGGCCGGGGGAUGGGCAGGAUGGACGGUGGCCGGGGGAUGGGCAGGAUGGACGGUGGCCGGGGAAUGGGAAGGAUGGACGGUGGUUGGGGAAUGGGCAGGAUGGACGAUGGCCGUGGCAGAGGAUAUGCGUACAGGGGCAGAGGGUAUGCUAGGCAGGCAUCCAUCCGUGGCAGGGGGAUGUUCAGGAGAGCGGGCAGCAGGGAGAGGAUGCCAGAUAGGCGGUCAGGCAGCAGGGAGAGGAUGCCAGAUGGACAGUCUGGCAGCCGAGAGAGGGGACUGGGUGGACGGUCAGAUAGCCACGAGAGGGUAUUCUCUAGCCGAGAUAGAGAGCUAGCUGGGCGGCCAGGCAGCCAAGACAGGGGACGAGCGGGUAGCCGGGAGAGAGGCCCGGUCAGGCGGGCGGGUAGCCGGGAGAGGGAGCCCAUGCGGCGGGCGGGUAGCCGGGAGAGGGAGCCCAUGCGGCGGGCAGGUAGCCGGGAGAGGGUCCCGGUCAGGCGGGCAGGUAGCCGGGAGAGGGUCCCGGUCAGGCGGGCAGGUAGCCGGGAGCGGGGUCCCAUCAGGAGGGCAGGCAGCCGGGAGAGGGAAGCAGGAAGAUCUGAAACAAGCAAUAUAGAUAAACCCAUUCACCUAGGAGAUGACCCUGACAAAUUGCCUCCAUACCAUCGAGAUGAGACACUCAGGGGUUCUUGGGGUCAUGAAGAUGAUAGAAUGCAGGAGGAAUUUCCUUUAGACAGUCAAGAUGACCCUUCUUUGGAGCAUGAGCGAUUGGAUGACUGGGAAAGAGAACGAUACUGGAGAGAUCACAACUCUGAUUAUCAGGAUGAUUCUGUAGAGACGUAUGACAGAGAUGACAGGUUGCAGUCCCACCAUUCAUUGCCUCCGUUAUCUCCCCUACCACCACUACCUCCUUUAUCAUCUGAUCAUGACAGACGAGAUUCAUGGUGGGAUGACUGGAAAAGGCCAAGAGAGAGGGAACUAGAGAGAGAUCUAGAUAGGACUGGAAGAUCUUCAGACAUUUAUGAUCAAAAUUUAGACCGAGAAUGGGAUAGAGACUGGGACAUGAGACCUAUGGAUGACAGAGAAAUGGGGAAUCGUGACCUGGAUAUCCCCCCUCUGCCACCAUUACCACCUCUUCCACCUCUGGACAGAUACCGUGAAGAUAGGUGGAGGGAAGAUAGGAACAGAGAUCAUUAUGACAGAGACCUCCGAGACAGGGGGGAGCUGAGGAUUCGAGAGUAUCCAGAGAGAUAUGACACAUGGCGGGAGAAGCAAGACUACCUUCCUGAAAGGACUGACUGGGAGAGGGAACGGUUGUCGGAUAGGUGGUAUCCAGAUGAUGGAGACAGGCUGCGGUCUUUGGAUGAUCAUUCAGAGUCAUCCCUUCCUCCACCUUCACAUUCCUCUGAUAUGCUGGGAACAGAUUCAAACCUGGACUCUGACCAGUCCUUGGGAGGAGUGAUGGUCCUUAGCCAAAGACAGCAUGAGAUAAUUCUGAAGGCUGCCCAGGAGCUCAAAAUGCUUCGAGAGCAAAAAGAACAGCUACAGAAGUUGAAAGAGUUUAAACCUGACAUUUCCACACAGGACUCUCCUAGAUCACAGAACACAAGCACAAGGCCGGGUGCCUUUCAGGUCUCUUCUCAGCUAUCUCCAGAGGCACCAGUAGAAGCCCAAGCUAUUAAACCUUCUCCUGCUGUUAUUAUAAAGCCUCCCGUGUUGUUCAGACAGCCCACCCCUGUGGCAAGACCAAGUGCCCCACUGUCAAGGCCUGCUACACCUAUGACAAGGCCACAUGCUCCAGUUUCUACUCCAACUACAACCCCAAGUCAUGGUCAGUCUUUAAAACCAUCACCUUCUGCUGUGGAACAGGAACGCUGGGAUGAGGAUUCUUUCCACGGACUCUGGGACACAAAUGAGGAUAAAGGAGCAAAUACGGAGUACGAGUUGUGUAAGCAGGAGUCAAUGAUGCCUCCACCUGUCUCCUCGCCUGUGAAAGUACCUGCCGUUCACACCUCUGUUUCGUCAGCUGUAUCAGGGUCCCUUCCUCCGGUUAUUCCACCAGUUCCUAAAGCACCUGUAAUUCAGCAAACUGUGGAUUAUGGCCACGGGCGAGAUAUAACCACCAGUAAAGUGGAACAGAUUCCAUAUGGGGAGAGGGUAACACUGCGUCCGGAACCUCUACCGGAGAGGCAAACAUUUCAAAAAGAGCACCCUGGUCGUUACAACAGAGAAAGAGAUCGUGAACCUUAUUUUGAGCGUCAAGGUAAUUCCAACACAGAUCAUCGGGAUUUCAAGAGAGAACGAGAGUUGCACAGAGACCGUGGUUCUGUGGACUAUGAGCGAGAGAGAUUUGAAAAAGAGCGGCAUCCCCGAGAUGAUAGGGUUCUUCCUACUACACCUUCAAGGACUCAGUCUUACCGUGACAAGAAAGACCAUCCUUCCUCCAGGCGGGGUGGUUUUGAAAGACCACCGUAUGAACGAAAGACAGAUCGUCCAGCAUACGAUCAUGGGCCUUCCAUGUUUGGAGAAAAUUCUUCUGUCCAAACAAUGGAAUUUGAAGGUGAUCGUAGAAAUUACCCUGAAGAAAGGAUUUCUAUUUCUGCUCCAUCAAUGCCACGUCAGCCACCACCUGCUCCACGAGUGGAAAGGAAGCCAGAAUCUAAAAAUGUAGAUGAUAUUUUGAAGCCACCAGGACGGGAUAGCAGGCCAGAGAGGAUUGUAAUCAUCAUGAGAGGGUUGCCUGGCAGUGGAAAGACACAUGUAGCAAAACUCAUCAGGGAUAAGGAAGUAGAGUGUGGAGGACCUGCACCAAGAGUGCUCAGCCUGGAUGACUAUUUUAUCACUGAAGUGGAAAAAGAAGAGAGAGACCCAGAUACAGGGAAAAAAGUGAAAAAGAAGGUGAUGGAGUAUGAAUAUGAAGCUGAUAUGGAAGAGACCUAUCGUACCAGCAUGUUUAAAACUUUCAAAAAGACCUUGGAUGAUGGCUUCUUCCCCUUCAUUAUCCUUGAUGCUAUCAAUGAUAGAGUGCGACAUUUUGAACAGUUUUGGAGUGCUGCAAAAACCAAGGGUUUUGAGGUGUACUUAGCUGAAAUGAGUGCGGAUAACCAGACAUGUUCCAAGAGGAAUAUUCAUGGACGCAAGCUAAAGGAAAUCAGCAGGAUGUCUGAUCACUGGGAGGCAGCACCACGUCACAUGAUGCGCCUGGACAUCCGUUCUUUAUUGCAGGAUGCUGCUAUUGAAGAGGUGGAGAUGGAGGAUUUUGAUGCAAAUAUUGAAGACCAGAAAGAAGAAGUCAAGAAGGAUACAGCAGAGGAGGAAGAAAGUGAACUGGGUUACAUUCCGAAAAGCAAAUGGGAGAUGGACACUUCUGAGGCAAAGCUAGACAAGCUGGAUGGUUUGCGGACUGGCACUAAAAGGAAACGUGACUGGGAAGCAAUUGCCAGCAGAAUGGAAGAUUAUCUACAGCUUCCAGAUGACUAUGAUACACGUGCUUCUGAACCUGGAAAGAAAAGGGUGCGGUGGGCAGAUCUAGAAGAAAAAAAAGAUGCAGACAGGAAAAGGGCCAUUGGGUUUGUUGUUGGACAAACAGAUUGGGAGAAGAUAACAGAUGAAAGUGGUCAUCUUGCUGAGAGAGCCCUCAACCGCACCAAGUAUAUAUGAAAAUGUGGUUAAAUGGAAUUUUGUGCCUUUAAGGCCAUUUGCUCUGAGAAGUGAACCAAGGUGUCAUGAGCAUCUUGCAUGGGUCAUGUCACUCCCACCUUCACAGUUUUUCUUUGUUACUUUAGUUUCAGCAAUUUUCUUGAGAUAUUGGCAGAUAACCAGUGCCCUCAAAAAACAAACAAACAAAAAAACAACCACCAACGAAUCCCACUGCUCCUAAGUGAGAGAGACAGUUUACUUUUUAAUAUUUUCGGAGGGGAGGGAGGGGGAGGGCCAGUAGUUUUAGCUGCUGUUUGUGGGAUAAAGUGGAAGGAUUAGACAGACGUUACCUCCACUGUACUGUCACAGAAUGUUUAUCACCUUUGCUUUGUGGCCGUUCUCGUUUUAUACUGUAUGUACCUUGUAGCUUAUUGUAUUAGGAAGCAGAACAAUAAAUUUCACUAUAAACUCGGUGUUCUUGGUGGACCGUAUAGCAUGGCUUUUGUUUGACAUUUUAAAUGUGGUCUGUGUUCACAUGAUGACAGUGCUCAGAACUGUCCUUCCCUGGAAGAGGUGCUGUGCUCAUAUUAUGGAAUGUGUCCUGUCUUCUAGGUUUGUCACCUGCUCUUCUUAUAGACGGCUCCAUGAAGGCCCCAGGUUUGCUGGCCUUUAGGAGUCAUAGCAUUCUUGCUCUUCCUGGAGAGCAGAAACAGUCAUUAUUUUUUGGAUCGUAGUUUAUCAGUUAUGUCAAAUUUCCAUUACUACGUGAGUAUAAAUUUUGUUGGGUGGCUCUGAAAUACUCAAGGUAGUAAUGUAUGAAAAACAUUUCUCUAAUGCUCAACUUGAAAACAGGUACUACAGAGUACUCUAGAGGGCAGUCAAGAAAAUCCAUUUUGGUCUUACUAUGUCUUUUAGUCAACACCGAUCCCUAUCAGGGUAUUUCAUUCCAUUCAUAAGUCUACUGUCUCAUAGAGAAACACCAUUAAAAGAAGCAACAAAGACCAGAAGUUAUAUCCUUCUACUCCUUUAAUAAAUGUGUUUAGCUUGCUAAAAAAGAUAAAUGAAUACCAGUUCACACUAUUAAAAGUGGUACAGAUUCUUCAUAGAUGCUGGUAUAUCACCUCUGCACCUUUCUUUUGUCCUCUCAGGUUUUGAAGCAAAUGCCUUGUGUUAACAAUGUUGUAACCAGGCAGGGUGUUUAAAUCCAAAAAUAAUUGCUGUUUUAGUGGUCAAUUGAAUUUUUCCUCCUGAUCUUUCUGAGGGAAGAAAACAAAGUCCUGAAUUUCCUUCUCUGCUAUUCUUGGUUGCUCUGCUGAGUGAUUACAUUGCGUUUUGCAUCUAGGUUGGUAAAUCAACUAGUUGUGGUGCAGUGAUAGUUUAUGCUGUUAAAGGAGAGCUAUGGUGCUAAUGGACGGGUUAGUUUGCCAUUCUGAUGUUUUGGUUUAUUGGAUCUUUCUCAGCCUUGUCUGUGGUGCAUGAUUGAAAGCUCUUUGGUAAAUGAGAGGAAUAGCUGAACUUGUGUUAUGCUUUGAGUGUGUUUUAAUACAAGAAAAUCAAGCUCCCUGAAUGCAACGUUUCUAAAAUGCAAGGUAAUAAAUAUGCAUUUUCUGUGUACACGUACUAUUAUGUGGCAUAUAUACUUUCUUUUUUAAAUGUUGCUAAGUACUCUUUGAAUUCUGACAGAGUUGUUGACAAAGGGAAACUAAGUUAACAAAAAAAUCAGUAUUGUGUAUUGCUGUGGAAAUCAGGCAAGCUUCGCUUUGGAGAAGUUACUCUCUCAGGUACGUGUAAAAUGGCUUUGAGUCUAUCCUGAGUUGUCCCUAACAAAAUUGGAGUUCUUGUGGCAUGACAUUGUUAUGGGUAGAUGCUGUUUCUUGACUUUUAAGAACUGGUAAUGAUUUUGUCUGUAUUUUUGGUAAUACACCUGAUCCAGGUCCUUUUCUAACGUUUCCUUUCCAGGCUAAAUAAUAUAGCUGGAGCAUGCAAAUGGAUAGUGUGUGACAGAACUGCUUGUGUUGUUUACUGGUUUUAACAAUUUUGAAAAUUAUUUUAGCAGAUAACAACCAGAGGGGUCACACUGUUUAUUCUGUGGUGCAUGUAGAAUUAAAGAGAGAUGAGCAGAGAAUACACAUAGUUUUACUUUGAGAACAGAGAGAAAAUGUAUCAGUCUUCAAGUUUAGGGCAAAAUUUCAGAAAACAUCCUGCUGCAGACCGUUUGUCAGACUUUGAUCAGAACAGGCUGAAGGGCUUGGGGGUUUGUUUGUUGUCGUUUUCCUGGUUCCCUGAAGUUCAGAACUUCUCCAUUUCUGUAGUACAAAAUAUCAUUCCAUAAUCUUUGCCAUUUUUUUCAGUUGGUUUGAAUGUUUAGCAGGCCAGUCUUCAUCUGCUUGAUGGAAGUGGCUCUCAAAGAAAAUAAUUUACGCCAGAACUACAACUUGUAACAGAUUCUACCUACUCUCAUCCUUCAGUGAAUGAAGAAAUCAAGAUAAAAGGAAAAAUACAUCAUUGCUGCUGACAGAACUGAGAAUAGCUAGGUAGGGCCAUGCUUGGUUUAUAGUCAGAGGUUGGUGAUCAGUGAUUUCAUUUUUGUCUGGAAAAUCCUGCACUACAGAAUCCAUAAGUUUUGAUCCUGAUUUAGUUCUUACUCAUCAUCUGCUCACUGAUAUUGGCAGUAGAGUCUUUCACAGCACUGAACAGAAAGAAUACCCGUUUUCAUUGAUGGCUAAACAGGAAAACAUGCAUCCAGUGCUUGUGGAUAAUGAUCCAUCUUUGACCAUGCAUGCAAUUGUGUUAACUCCUAAGUUGGACUGUUUCUGUGCAGUGCAUCACAUUUAAAAACAACUCUGAAAAAAUCAUAAGCUGCUACCUCUUGAGCAAGGUUGACUACUAAAACGGUAUUUUCUGUGAAUUACAAUUUCUUAUGGUUCUUCAGUCUUUCUCAAGACUGUCUGCUUUUUUAAGAAUGUUGAAACUACGUGUCUCAUGGGAGAAGUAGAUGUGCUUUUUGUAAGGGAACGUGCAACCUAAGAUAUGCUGCUGCUGCUAUGUGAAUAGAGCUUAGUUGUCAUCUUCGGUCAUCUUGUGUUUUACUGUAGGAUUGCUUAUUAAGCAUGAUGGUCUGACUGUGGUAUGAAAGUGAAAAUAUAGCAUAGAAUAUUACAUCGGUUCUGGAAAUGUCAUGGUUUUCUUUUUCUUAAAUGUUUACAUCAACAUAAACACCUUACGUUAUUAGUUCCCAGUCUUUAGAAUGGAAGAAUUGGUGUUGGUACAAGUCAGACUUUCACUUUUCACCCAUCAGGUUGGGUCUGGUAUUUUUUGGACUUUGCUUCAGUCAUCUUUGCGAACCCCAUCCAUUAAUUGUUCCUUGCCUGUCUGUUGGUAAACAAAAUACAUCACUGUUAUUGUUGUAAGGUGUGGUUUUAACUAUUUUCUGAAGCCUUUUAAUCUCUGAACAACCAUUUAAAUACCAUUGAGAUCCUGAGUAAGAUUUCAGUAGUGGCUUUUAUGAGAGGAUUGAAUUGGAAAAGUAGAGUUGUAAUAUUACACUGAAACAAAUAUAUUAACCUACCCCCAAAAAGCCCACAUCUAAUCCAAUUGAAUAGUUAAAAAUUAUGAAGAAUCAUGAUUUGCAAGUCACAUUAGAAAGAACGCUUCCUGCAGAAGAAUAGUCUGUCACUAGUGUGCUUUUAAAUGAGAGAAAACAUGACCUCGCCAGCCAAAAUCAGAUUUUCCCAAUUUGAGAUUUCAACAUCAUUGGAACACUCUGAGAAUCCUUUCCAAAAGAAUGAAGUAAUUCAGCCUCUGGGACAGCUUUUUGCCACCUAAACCAAUUUAUUGUUACCAGAAGAAAAAAAAUUCUUUGUCCAUUUAUUUAAUGCAGCUGUCAUGGUGAAUCGUUUCAUGCCUUUCGGACACAAUUUCCCUUAGAAGAUUGUGCCAUUUUAUUUUUAAUAUUGCUGCCACAAAAUUUUUGAAACCGAUAUGAUACUGGGCAGACCUCAGGACUUGGAAGAAAAUGUGGUUGAUCUGGAUUGGAGGCAAAUUGUGCUUUUUUGCUAUGAAGUUCUUAAUUUGUCUACCAACCCGCAGCUGACCAUGAGUUUACUGAACUGAAACCCAGGAACUCUCUUGGAGUAUUGUAACUUGGCGUGUGUGGACUGGAAAGGGGAAGCAGUACUGAGUUUUCUUUGCCUGUGGAACAUUCACAUGGUCUGCAUCCUCAGGAAGCCAAAUACUCAGGGGUACAGGGUUCAUUUUUAUUAUGCCUCUCUUUGUUAUUUAAUGUUUCCCAGAUUGCUUCUGGAGAAUGAGGUCUUAAUACUGAACUUGAGGCCCACUGAUGACUUGGGAUCAAACUGCACCAGGGCAACCUGCGUACUAUGAGAUAGUGUAUUUGAGGAGCAGAGGUGGCCAUCUCAACUGACAUCUGCACGUUUGCAGCAUGAACUAUAAGUGGGUAAAAAGAAAUUCAAGUUCUUAGAAUGUGGUGGUGUAAGACUGAUUGUACUUAGUUUUCUUAUAAUAGGAGAAAUGAGAACAGAAAUUUCCUAGAACUUAAAAUAUGAAUGGCCCAAUUCUCUUUCUAUUUUGAGUCUCUAGGGCAAUCAUCUUUGUUCUCUCAUAAAACUUGAAUCAAAGUUGUUUUCUCCUGCUCAUCCAUUCCUACAGGUCUGAGUCAGAAUCCUGCAACCAACUAAAGGAAUGCUGAGAAACUCUUAUAAUUUCUGCUCAAGAUUAAUCACUUUUUUCUUCAUGGUGAAACUGUUUUGUUUCAUUCUUAGCAGUGGAGUGCUCCAGCAAUUGUGAUCCCUCUUUCUACCACUGCCACAUUUGCGUGGUACUGGAUCUGCAGUCUGGAGCCUUAAAUCUUCCUCAUGCAUGUAGCUUGGAAAAUUGGUAAUGACAGUAUUUCAUUCGGGUGGAUUAUCACUUUCUAGCUGAUUAAUACUGUUUGGAAGCAGAAUGUGCUCUUUUAUUCAUGGUUUUGCUUAAACCAGGUAAGCGCAGGUACUGUUACCAAACAAAAAGCUACUGGAAAUGGAGAGACGAAGGAGUUUUGAAGUCACUUAUGUUUUCCAUUCUGUGUUGGGUUUCUAGUCAGGAGGCUCUGGUGUCUUUCAGUUAUAGGAUUUAAGAUUUGAAUAUGUAAAACCUUAAAGCUGCCUGGGUGGGAAUGGCACAGUUUGGGGUUUUUUCUAAUAUUUUUCAGACUUGUGGAACUCUUAGAUGGAAUCUCUUUGGGAGGGGAGUCCCUUCCCCUAGGCAUUGUGCUCUGGAGCGUCAGUCAUUCAAGUACUUCUCCAUACUGCUUCCCUUGUAUGGGCGUACAGGGACAAAGUUUGUUUCUGUAACUGGUUGAUACACGUGUAUAAAUGGAUGUUCAGCUUUACACAAGAAAUUUCUGAUGCUCUCUAUUAGGAUGGCAUCUGAACUGUCUGCUGUGACCAGUAUAUUCAUAUAUGAAGUUGCCGUGUUUGAACAGUUAGUGCUCCCGGGGGAAUACAUGGAGAAUGCAAGGCUGUUACCGCUUCACCAGUCUCUGUGAUGUUGCUAUAUUUGGAGAGAAAUUAUAAUUGCAGUGCUCAUUGGAAGAAGGAAAAAAAAAAAAAAGAGAGAAGUGAAAGCUCUCUAUCUAAAUGAAGAAAAAACAAAAAAGGAAAAAUGGGAAUUCGGUUAGUUUAAUUAUCUGAGCUGGAAUCUGUCUUGUGUGGCUAGAAUGUGCUAGCAAUGCCACUGUCUGAGGUGUCUGCUUUAGCAACUGGCUGCAUAUAUAUUUGUGGAGGAGAAUCUGAAAUUAAUACCUAACACUUUUUGUCUGCAGGUCAAAAGUAUAGUUGAGCAAGCUGAUUUGGAAAGCAGUUCAUCUUGAAAAAAGCCUGUUAAGGGUGAUUUGAAAGUACUUUUUAAUUCUCUUUAAAACCACAAGCCAUUAACAGAUUACAUGUAAAAUGAAACAUUGCCCUCCCCAAAAAAAAAGAAAAAAAAUAGAAGCAUCUUUCAAAACCUAAGAUUUCUUCUGUUUAAAUCUUGUAGGAUGUUACUUUUCUUCUCCAGGGAUUAGCACAGAAAGGGAACAGAGCUGCAGUUCUUCCUUGCUUCAAAGUGUAAAUGGCCUUAAAAUGCAAAAACCUAAAUACUUGUUUUGACAGGUAGGUAAUACAGACGAUUACUGUAAUUUGGCACUACACCACAUGUGGAUGACAAGGUAUCUUAAGCAGCAUUUUUUAAAUAUCUUUUUAUUCUGUUUUGGUAAGACCGAUGCAGAUAGCAAUAAAAGUUUUGUUUGACCACCUUUGCUGAUGCAGGUGCUAGCCUUUGCAUAUGUAGCUUCUGGUUUUUGAGAAUACUGUACUACUGUUUGAAGCAUGGAAAACACAGCUUUACUGGCAAACACCUACGUUGUUUCAACUUACUCAUCUGUGGAUGCUCAGAACUCUUGUGCAAGCGAUGAAUCUUUACUUCUAUUCUUUGAGGUAUUUGGUUUUCCAUUUCCUUUGAACUGAAGUUGCCAAAUUCUUUUCUUUGAAGACAGUGUGGACAGAUUAACUUGUCUGGUAGCAGAUUUCAUUGUACUCUUCAAUUAGAGUCACACAGAAAUCAAGAUUUUUCAGGUAAUGACAACCAGAUGUCACUAAAGCUUUGAUUUCAUGUUAAGAUUAAAUUGGAGAAAAAACAAAGGCUUGAAAUUGUUUCCACUAUAAUUAAAUUUUUGUGGUUUCAUAUUGCCUGAUACAGUUUUAAACCAUUAACUUUUACUUCAUGAAAGAAAAAUUCACCACUUUUCUAUGGAAAAAAUUUCUGUGGAUUAACAUUGCACUGUUGUGUGGCGUAUCACUUGCAGUCCACAGUCAAGAUUUUGCACUCCAUUGAACCUAUGUGCUGCAGAAAUAUGGAACAAGAUCUUGCUUUAAGGAGAGGCAUCAAAAUUCAGUGGUCUUUUUCUAUCCUGCUAAAAAGGUUGACAACUGCUGACAUCUAAUGGAAAACAGGAUUUAACUUGCUAGUAGCUGCUUUUGAGUUGUAGAGUCUUUAAAUAUAUUGUAGCAAGAAAUAAUUCUGAAGCCUUCCAAGGCUUCUUACUGAAUCUUUUGCUUAUUUUUCUUCGUUCCAAGAGGGGAAAAAAAGGAUAAAUAUCCAAACCAAAGCAGUAAAGGUACUUCUGAUAGAAGAACCUGCUAAUUUCACUCCGGCUAAGAAAUCUUAGUAGUUCAGCUUGAUCAGAGACGCUACAGAGAUAUCUCACAAAGAAAUGUACUUGAAGCUCUACUGUGAAUGGUUCAAACAGGUUUGUGCAAUGUAUGAUAUGAUUACUGCACAAUUUGCAGUAGGUACUUAAUAGUAAAGGAGGAAUGUCAAUACCCUUAUCCAAGGUGUUUACAAUCUGCAUAUUCCUUUAUUAGGAAUAUAAUGAUUUGUAUCUCCUUUCCCUUCUCCCAGCAGGCAGAGAGAAUCUGCUGUAAUGCUGAAGGAGUGGCCCUGAAGUAAAUUUGGGUAUAAACUUCCUCAUUUUUACUUAAAAGUCUGUCUGUUACAGCCUCAUUUCAGUAUAUGUAUUUCAUAUGUAGCUUGAGAAUAUUCAGGUAGCCUUUAAGCAAUUUAUGCACAAAUCUAUUGGGGAGAGACACUAACAUGGUGAGUAUGCUGCAUUGCUGGUAGUAUGCUAACAGUGCAUGUCUGUUACCUCCUACUUGAAGGUCAAGUUGGAACAGAGUAAAAAUCUGACUAAAAAGCUAGAUUUACCUCAGUAAAACCAGAAGUAACUGUUUGGCUUUGGGUCAGUUUGGGGAACUGAUAAAACCUGCCACUCUCAGUGAUAAAUAUUUCUCUAUCACCUCCUUUGUCAAUUGUGUCCACUACUGGCUUGUAGAAGAUUGUCUCAGUUCUGUGGAUUUCCAUCCUUCUCUUGGACUUCUCAUUGACUUACAACAUGCUACCUUGAAGGAGAGGACUAUCUAGAAGUUAAGACUGGCACGAUUUAUGUUUUGCUAAUGCUGACCAUAUGAUGUUGUCACUUUGCACUCUGGUAGUUUCUUGGAUUCUGCAUCUAAAUCUUAGUCUUGAAUUUCAUUUGAAAAGCCACUGUUGUCCAGAGGAUUUUUCUCUGAAAAGCUGUUCUCCACGAUGUACCCUGAUGCAGCAGCAUCCAGUGCUAUCAGAGUUUUGGAGACAAGUUCCUCAGCAGUGUCUAUAACAGCUGAGCAAUCUUGUACAGAUUGUCUUUCUCAAGGAGUAUUGCAAAAUUUCUCUCUUUGUUCAGACAUCUCUUCUCAGCGUCUGACCUUUUUGUUGCUAAGUUCUGUUAGGAGAAAAUAGGGGUGCUGUGUUCUUGUUCACAGACGGUUGUUUACCAUUCCUAGUGAAACAGGACUUCAGAAAUACACAUUACUUAUAAAUCUGCACAAUCGAUGUGAGGUCCAGGGUUGGUGAUGAGGCGACUGCAUUUUUGCAGGAGUGUAAUUUAUGUAUGUUCUUCAUCUGGGUGUUUUUUAUUCACAGAGGAACUGGUUGCAAAUGUCAUUGCCUUGAAAAAUACUUUUUCUGCAGCAGUUCUGUGUCAUCUCUAAUUUCAAUGAAUGUUUUAAGUUGAAACUUUGGCGUAUUAGUUCGUCCAGUUUAGGAGAUUUACCUUUCUCAGAUAAAGAUGUAUAGCUCAUCUCUUGUAGUAUGCAUUGAUUUUCCUUUUCUGGACUAUUCUGGCAUUUCCUUUUAUCUUAAUUUCUCCCUGGCUACGUGCAUCAAGAGGAGAUAGAUCUAUUUUCAACAGUGGAGGAUACUUGUUAGCCUCGAUGUACAGGGGAGACAAAUAAUGUACUUCUCUCCUUGUGAUAAUUAACAUAAUUGGGCAUCUUUUUUUUCUGCAUCUUCUAGCACAGGUCAUACACAAAUGUGUAAUGCGCCUCAUGUGUAUUAUAUAGAACUUAAAUGUGUGAUGCUGAAAUUGGUUUCCUUUACAUUCAGUUCUUCAGCUGGAUUAGUCCAGUCCAGCAGGGAUUUAAGACCUGUACGUGGCCUCCAGAGCCUUCUGUGCUGCUGUUUUUCAAGUUUCAGUCUUUGCUGUGAUUAUUUUUUUUCCUCUGUGUCUCUGUCAAGUUGUGUAGACCUGGUGAGUACAGAGUUUGGUAUGGCUGAAUGUACAGGUGGAGUCUGUGUAUUGUAGAAACACUGUUAACUUUCUGCAAUAUGUAGGUUGGUUGGGGUUUUUCUUAAAUAUUACUGUUUUCAUUGUUUCCUACCUUUGAUAUAUCAGCUGUGGAGAAGGAAGACCUCUGGAAAUAAUGGCACUAAAAUUGCAUUGAGUUUGAGUCAUUAACAUUAUUAAAAUAUUUUACAAAUACGUACCUGGUUGGCAUCUUCCCUGGCAAAGAGGAUAUAAAGUAGCAGCAAAAUCAAGACUGGACAGUAUUCUAGGGAAUUUUGGAAAGUAUAAAAGGGUAGAAAUACAUUGCGAAAAAGUAAGAAUUGGAAUUCAGCAUUCAGUCUCAGAUUCCUUUUUUUUCUGACUUUCUAGCUGUGAUAAAAGACAGGUUUUGAAAAUAGGAUAAUAUGUAAAAUGUUGCUUUUGGUGAUCACAGGGAAAAGAAUGCUUGGUAGCAAUUAGGCACCAUUUUUUGACUUACACUGUUAUCAACUGGCAUUUUUUUGUUUGGCUGGGGUUUUUUUGCUGAUGUCAUUGUCACGGAGUUUGGUUUAUUUUAAGAGCAGUUUUGCCUUUGGAAGCAGCAGCCUACCUCCAGCAGCGUCACUGACAUGUUGCCCUUGAACCGUAUGCACACAGGGAUUCCGUCCUGCGCCCGGGAUGCGUCUGAGCCAAGCUCUGAACAGUUAAUGUGGAGCAGAUAAGCCCUGUUACCAGAGAGGGAGUGGAACAAAGAUGCAUGUCUUCAGUGAUGCUUCUCAGAAAUCACCUUAACACUUCUCAUAGACUAAUUAACUUGAAUUUUUAUCUAGGGGUUUACCCGCAUGAAUCAGUCCUCUUCCAUUUUUGCAGAUGGGCUGGGGGGAUGCAACAUCUUAAUGUGCGAUAGUGGAUGAAUCACAUGUAAUUUUGAACUGUGGUGUGGAUUCAUGUGCUGGAGCACACUUAAUGUCCAAAGCUACUCUACUGUCAUAUGUAUUGAUAACGUACUUGUGGGCUAAAUCUUAACGGUGCAGAACUGAGUUGCCAUGGCAGGGGGGUUUCCCAAUGCUACAGUUCUGUUUAAAUGUCUUACAGGGAAAACAGACAUUGAAGAAGUGUCUGCAUAAAACCUUCCUCCCUAUUAAUCUCAGUGCUCCUUUGUUUGUAGCAGGAUUUAGGGCUAUUCUAUGUAGAUCUUUCAUAUAUAGGGCCUGAUUUUUUUUUUUUUUUUUUGUAACACCAUAUUUACCUUGUCAUUACUCCAUUACUGCUACAGAUUGCAGUUUUCUACCUGCCUGGUAUCAGAGUUACAUCUACAAUACUUGCAUUCAUCUAUCCUCUCUGUUGCCUUCUCCCCCAGCUCUCUUGUUAUUUUGUACAUCUGAGAAUCCUUUCUCAGCUUUAGCUUCCAGCGUGCAUUGUUGUGUUUUGGGUUUUUAACUUUAUGGUUUAUUUCCAGUGGAAAAAAGCCACUGAAUGCCUCCAAACACAUGGCCAUCAAUAAUAUACUGAAUAAAGACAAUUGAACCGGCACCAGAAGGCUUAUAGGCGAAGCUUUGUGAGAUGGUGAACUGAGGUUUGCAAACUGCUGAACUAGCAAGAUCUGUGGAUCACUGGAACAUGUUGCAGGGAUAGUGCAAGGGCCAGUAAACUUUUCUGAAAAGACUUUUGGGACAUUACACACUGCUUUCAGGUGAUGCCAGUGCUGUGCUCCCGAGGAACACCUUCCACACUGAUUGUUUGCAAAGAGAGGAGCUGCUCUGCAAAGGAUUGCUACUGCCGCUCGUUGCCAGAGACCAGCUUCUGUGGAAAGAAGAGCUGGAUGGCUCUGAGGCCGAUGGUUGGCUGUGGUUGACAUAACAGGCCAUACAGUAGUAUUAAGAGAGGUAAGAUCUCCUGAUGGUAACUGCCAGUCUACUGACUGGGGCCUUAAUAUUCGUUAUUUGUUAAGAAACAGCUCUUGAGAAUUGAAAUUAGGGUAUUCCCGUGUAAAUGUUGGCCUGUGAUUCAUGAUGCAGUCAAAAGCUAAACUUGCUUUUGUGUAACCAGUAAAUUUGGGAGCAAAUGGUCACAGAUGGGGAUCUGAGUAAAUUGAUACCAUGAGGCGGUGAUGGACUUCACCAUGAGUGUACUGAUGCAGACAGGCUGGAGGCUGUUAGCAGGGAACAGGAUGGCCACUGGUGUUCCCAAGUAUGUAAAGGAAAGAAACUUGUAUCUUUUUGUUUGAAAUACGCAGUGCAGUUUUAUGGAAGCAAGCUUCUAACAGCUCGGGAGAAAGAGGAUUCUGUAGUUUUGUGUCAGCUAUUCAGAAGUUCAUGCGGCAACAAUUUGUUCGGCACCAAACAGGUGCUCUGUGCUGUUGCAGUCUUCCCCAUGGUAUCUGCUCAGGAAACACUGGUCCAAAGAUAAUUCCUUCCAGUAUGAGGUGGCCCAUUCUAAAAAAUGAAAUGCAGUCAUCUUUAUGAGUCAGCCCAGGGUCUGCAAGGACUUUGUUUCCCUGAUUGGUGUCACUGUUCAAAUGCAGAAAGCAUUGCCUGGUUACACUGCAGGUAUGGAAGAUGCUUCCACAAGCAAAUCAUAAAGUACAGUGUUGAUAGACAUGUCUCCAGUUAAGUGCUAGCACAUGGGUGAGUAUAGUGUUGUCACUCCUUUACAUUUCAAUAAAUAAUCAAAGCUCCGUGAAGUUCUUGAAGCAGAACAUUUGUCACUGGAUCAAACACCCCUGCCUUGGCUUGGCUUGUUAGAGCCUCGGGAAGCCAAGACCCUGUGCCACAAACACAGAGACCUUCACUGACUGGACCAUUACUGAGAUCAUGUUUCCAGCUUCCAGAUGCUGCCAGUUCCUGCAAAGAUUGCUCCGGUCUUUUGGAUAACAUUGCUCAUUAAAAGUUUAGUCAGAAACAGAGGUGAGAUUGCUUUGAAGCUCAGGGGUUAGAAAUAGCUGCAGAAUAAAUGGUCUGUUGGAAGUUGUGGCAUAACGAAGACAACCACAGUGAAGGGUUUCACCUGAGCUCUGGCAGCAGCGGCAACUUGGGGUGCUGCACGGGGGCUUGCGCUCUACCCAGAGGCUCUUUGAAGAGUCCACUGCCAAGUAAAAAGCCCCUGGUGUUGUGUGCACGCUUGGAAGUGCUGCGCUAUGGGCGCCAUGCUGUGGGCAUGGCCUUCCACGAACGGAACAACAAACUGAAAAAUCUCUGGGCCGGCAGCUGUCAGAGCUGAGAAGACUUUGCUGCUGCUUGGCAUAAUACUCAGCUGCAGCCUGGGACAUUUCUAAACAUGAAUAAAUGAUACUCUGUUUUAUAAUGAUUGCUCAAGAAAAGAGAGCACUGUGGCUAUUAAAAAUACCAUUUCUACAGCAUUAUCUUUUUGUAACUGUAGUUACUAUUUCUAAAGUGUUUUAUUUAUAAACAGCCUUUGUAAUUGUUUUUAUGUGAAUGCAGGUUGCACUGCCAGUCAUGGGGACUCGGUAGACGCAGAAAUGCGUAGGGCUGGCCUCACUUUUCCCUGGAGCAUGAAGUCAUGGUGUUUUCAAAAGUUGUCCUUACUUCUACUGUUUCUUACUUACAGACCUGGAAACUAGAAAUGGAAAACAAGUACGUAAGCUGUUGAUUAUUUUGUGCUCGCUCUCUAAGAAUCAAAUGAGGAUGAGUUUUAUAUAGAGAUGUAUAGAUAUGUAUAUACACAUAUAUGUUGUCAGGUAUUUCACUUAGUUUUUUAAAAUAAUACAAAGUAUUUUUCUAUAAUUUCUGUUCUGUGUGUAAAGCUAUGGAUGGCAUAUACAUGUUUUGGGAAAUCCAGUAAAAUAUUUUCCU